AUGUUCAGUUCAAUUGUUUUCAUGAACAGGACAUUGCGUCGACAGUGGAUAAGUGUUAUUCUUGUUUUUGUUAUAAAAUUGAACAUUGCGUCAAAUUCGCAGACAACACAAGAAAAUCCGGUGAAAUUUGAUGGUGAUUUUGACAGCUUCCUCAGGGAUCUAGACACAAUGGUAUACAAAUCUAAGAAACCCGAGAUUGUACCAGAACCGAAGACCACACCGCGUACUACAGUUGCUCCUAAAACUUAUCGAAGGAGUCAAAACGUAUUCAACACGCAAAAAGCCUUUCUGGCUGAUGUCCUGAUGAUGAAACUGGUUUCGUACUACGAGGAUAAAUACAAACUGACGCACUUGUCGUCUACUACGACGGAACGCAUCACUCUCGGCAAUAGCUUAGUGAAUACAAAUCGCGUAAGAAAGUACACUGUCGACCACGGCAGCAUGGACAGGAAUGAAGUGUUCAGUGUUCAUAACAGCAGACCUCUGCCGCCGAGUCGCCAUGGCCAUGAGUUGAACAGAAGGAUGCACAGAGAUAGGUUGUUUGAGAGGCUGCCAGAGAGGCAGCCAGAGAGGCAGCCAGAGAGGCUGCCAGAGAGGCUGCCAGAGAGGCUGCCAGAGAGGCUGCCAGAGAGGCAGCCAGAGAGAAUUCCAGAAAUUAGAAAGAUCGAAGACUACCCGAUACCUGAAGUGAUAGUUAUGUAG